GUGAUGGAUUUGCACUAAAAGCCACACUAAAGGGACAGCACUUUCGCAUAUGUAACUCUCUUGUGACAAAGUUCAAAAGGCUCGACCUUAACGAAGCAAAAUGAGGUGGCUGCUUUUGCUGUGGCUGAUGCUAGGAGCACUUUCUGUGCUAGUCAAAUGUGGCAGCCCUCGUAGCUUUGUAGAAGAUAAUGACUUCGCUGAGUUUGAAGAAUUUGAUGAGGAAGAAGAAAAAGAAGAGAAGGCUGUGGAUACUGAGGCAACUCAAGCACCUAAAGAGGCUGAAGUAGAGCAAGGAGAUGCUGGUUUUGAAGAUGAGGAUGAAGAAGAUGGCAUUGUUGAGGCAGAUGAUGAGUUUGAACACUUGCAAGAUGAGGAGGAGUUUGAAAACUUUGACAAAGAAAAGGGCUCAACCGUCAAGAGCUCAGAGAAGCUGCCUGAUCUACAAAUGGCAAAAGUACCGCUACAUCUACGCACAAAUUGGGACAGCUUUUACUUGGAGAUGCUAAUGAUAGCUGGCCUUGGAGUUUAUUUCCUCAAUUUCUUGGCAGGAAAGACAAGGAACAGUCGCCUAGCCACUACUUGGCUUACUGCUCACAAAGAUCUACUUCAAACACAUUUUAGUAUUGUUGGUGAUGAUGGAACAGGCAAAGAACCGACCUCAGAUGUUCUUAUGAAGGAAUCGGAGAACGUUUAUGCUCUGUGGUGCAGUGGUCGCACGUGUGUGGAAGGAAUGCUGGUGGAGUUGAAACUCCUCAAGCGACAAGAUCUGGUCAACGUCUUACUGAGACUUUUCAAGCCUGCAUCUGAUCAGAUAGUGAUACGAAUCAACAUGGAUGAAGGAAAAAUGGACAAGUUUGUUUUUGCAGUUGCACAAAAGAAGACUGCAGCUCGCCUCCACAAGGACAUCUAUGAUUUGAAUCAGUUUACCGAAAAAAAAAGUGCAGAGAAAUUUGAUAUACCGGCGUCUUUCCAGCUUCUGUCAGAGAGUGGAGAGGCUACGUCUGCUAUGCUAGACAAAAAAGUAUGCCAGGUACUAACAAAGUACGAAAAUGUGGUGGAGUACAUUCAUGUUUCAGACCAGUAUUCAGGUCCUAAGAGUCAAGAUGACACUCAACCAACCAAACCACCGCAAGUCAAACCAGUGCUUAUCUUUUGUUUUUCUGUGGGCAGCAAGGGAAUGUGCAAACCAUCAGACAUGGAAGGAUUUAAACCUCUGCUUCAGUUGGUUUUCUACUGUAUAGACAAAGUCUCCCGCUUCCAGCUGAGCAAGGAGGCACGCAGCAAGGCUGAAAAGAAGCGUCAGAAAGUGCAGGAGCUGUUCCUGAAGGCUGCCCAUGGUCAGCGCCAGGAAGCUGCCCAGCAGCGUCGUGAGGAGAAGAUUCGUGCUGACAGAGAGCGUCUGAUGAAUGAAGAUGCUAUCUAGAUUCCCUGAUCAAGCACCAAGCUGGUAGAGACACAGAGUCGUCGUGACAUGAAGAAGAAGCAGCCAAAAAUGAAGAUGAUGAAAAUCAAAGCAAUGUGAGAGAAGUGAGAGUUUUGUUGACGAUGCUGCAACGGGCGUCACAAGUGCUGAAUGCUUCAAAUUGGCCUUUAGAUCAUAGCAUAUCUAGACUUUUGGCUUGCUUAGGGUUUGUGCCUGUCAGUUUGUCAUACCAUUUCCAUCUUGGCCUGGUUUUGUUUUUUUUUUGUUUUAAUAUACUUGUUAAAAUAUGUUUUCACAAAACAUAUAGAGCACUUUGUACUUGUAUUGAUACUGCCACAAUAAUCAGUUUUAAAACUAAGUCCAAUGUACAUUUAGAUGCUAUUGUUACAUUUUUUAACCUUUUAAAAAUAUUCCUAAAGGGGAGAAUGAGUUGGCAUACAAUUUUCUGGUGAAAUGUUGUGCAUGAAAGUCUAUGUGGAUGAUAUGCCGCUUAUUUUAGUCAAUAUUUCGUGAUGAAUAGGCAUUAAUUUUCCACUUUUGUGGUACUUUUUGUGCCUCACUACCCAGGCUGACUUUUUAAUGAUAAGCCAGUCAUCAUUGCUGCAGAUAAUUGUGGAUCAACAGAACUUGGUUGCCUAUGACAGACUCUAAUGUUGCUUUAACUGUCCCUGUUACAGGCCUUAGGGCCAUCAUGAAGGGCUGUCAGUGUGAACUGGAUGCUUUCACAUGUGGAUCCUUUAAUUUAUCUGUUCUGGGAUCUUUCCCUUUCAGUGUCUUAGAUGAUUCUGUUUUGUCUUUAAUCCAUACCUCAUCUCUGAGGCAUUAUUGCCUCUAGUAUGUAUCUCACCACCUUGGUGACUCUGAAACAUAACUUCAGCCCAAAUUAUUGGGCAUUGUGGAAAAAGCAGGCAAGACAUUUUUAGCGUUUCAUUAGAAAGUGCAGUCAGCAUAAUAAAAAUAUUCUCAAUAACUCUUGCCUAAUGUGGAGUCUGCUAUCACAUAGUCAAUACACAGACUUAAGGACUAUUUUUGAGUUUAUAAUGAUCAAAAUAAAACAGAGAAAUGCAAAAAGCUAUCAAAAGCUCAAAGACCCCUAGAUAGCCUCUUCUGGCAUCUUAUCUGCCCAGAUGUAACAAAAUCUAGGCUUCCUGUUACCACCAACAAAUAUUCAAGAUCUGACUGCCACUUCCUUCAUCUCCAGAGACCCCUUCCCCAUAUUCCAGUGUAUGAGGAAAUAAGACAGAACCGUUAAGCAGAGGAGAAUUCCUUAUCGAUAAUAAAGACACUGAUUAACUCAUUAUCAGUCAGUUAAUUAAUGCUUUGACGUGUUCUUGUCUGGCAUGGUAGAUGUUGCCAAAUAUUGUAUGCUUUGAUUUUUAUAAUCUCCCCCUUAUUCAAGGCUGGAAAGAAUUAAAAUAUAGUUGAUACUUCACUGAACAAAUUUCAAGUUUAAAGCUGGACUAACCUAUGCAAGCUUAUGUAUAAUCGUGGGGGAUAAAGUACAUGCCCCAGUGCCCUUGUUAAGCAAAUUUUUUUUUCAAAAAAAAAAAAGACAAUACUAGCCUUUGGCUGCCAAGAGCAUAAAUAUGAACCACUUGAGACUCAUUUACUCGCAUCAGAGACUGAGAUUUAUAUGCGCAGUUUCAUUGUUUAAGUAGUAAGAUUAAUUUAUCAUUACCAGAAAAAUGUGCUUUACUUUUUUCCAUUAUCUUGCUGUCUAUGUCUGUCAUUAAUGUAAUAUUUUGAGCAGGUUUUUUCCAUUGUAUCCAAGACAGUUAAGUUUGCCUGGCAUUCUUUAAGCCUCUUUUUAUCCUUAACUUUGAUUCCAACUUGUUGGGUUUUUUUUUAAGAUAGUGAUUAUCAAAGCUCAUUACAGCAUAACAUGGAGUGUUAAAAUGUUGGUUUUCAAGUGAAUGUGUUUCUUAGGGUGAGAUCAAGUGUUGUAUAUUCUCCCUUAACCCACUCGGAAAUAAACUACUGGCUGCUGCUACAUGUAAGCAGAACGAUA